UGUUUAUUAAGCAAUUUUUGCAGUUCUCGCAAAAAGCGUUUUUCCUUUUUUUACCCAAAAUAAAGUCCGCGCAAAUAUGCAAAGAACACAACCAACAAUUGUAUCCAGAAGAAAAUUCAAAUUCAAGGUGAACGUGCCUUUUUUUCCUGCCGGCCGAGUGAGUGUGAGUGCAAAAUUAAAGUGAAUAACCGUAACAAUAAAAGCAGCUGCUGGUUGCUAUUACUAAACCUAUUAAUCCCAUUAAACAGCAUUUUGCUUUAAUCGAACAAGUUCAACAAAAUUGAAAAGAAAAAGAAAUUCCAUUGAAAUAAGAAAUUGGUGAUUUUUAUUGUUGCUUUUUAAAUUUGGAUAUCAUUAGUUGGCGUAGCAGUGGCCUGGCCCACAGGAAGAUAGAAAUUCCAAACUAUAAAUAAGAGUAAAAGAAGAAAAUCGUAGCAACAUUUGAAAAGCGUAUUGUCUUUGAUGGCAACAUUGGUGGAACAAAUUAUGAGAUCAAAGGCUCAGGCUCGUAAAUUUAAUCAAGGCAGCAGCACCGAGGACUACGAAUUGGGAGCGUUUAGACAAUUCCCUCAUAAUUUGAGUGCGACGAACCCAUUGCAUACCUUAAACUUUCCCAAUAAUUCCGAUUUACCCUAUCAACCGCCACCGCCCCCGCUGCCGAACGGCUGUCGUCCUAGUACUUCACCCCGAGGGCGAUUGUCGUUUGAGAACUCAACGCAACCACCGAACGUUCCCCUAGUCAAUACAUCAUUACCGAGUCAUGCCCCUGCCGCUGUUGUUUCCCACUCUCAGGUGGAACACUUAUUAAAUAGUAAAUUACAGGCUGAACGCCUGUUGCUGUGCGUAGCCCGUUUACAACCUAUCUGUGAUUUGGAACCACGAGAAAAUGGUGUUUAUACCAAAGUACAUUUAAGACGUGGAACACGAUUCGGCCCGUUUGCUGUAAGCGGACAUGCAGACGAAACGAACGUCUGGGAUAUUAUUACAAUGCCACCUCACUUACGGAACUUAUUAAAACCUUCAACAGAGGUAUUAAACCUGCUAAAGAAAAUACGUUCUGCAGCGACGGUCGAUGGGGAAAAGGAAACUAAUUUAAAGAGUUAUUUUAUAGGAGGAUGUCUGUGGUAUGAAGCAAAUCGUGAUAUAGCACUUGGUGAAGAAAUCAUUGUUGAUUGUCGACCCAAAACUCCCCACGAGCAUCAGUUACACGAUCAGCAUCAACAAGAUAGUGAUAAUCCUCCUCCUCCUGGAACCUCUCCAUUUAAAGGAUUGGCGGGUGGUUCCUCAAGCCAUGGCAUAAACGAUAAAAGUAAACGCGGUGAUAAUGGUUCGUUAUAUAGUUCAAAUUUAACACGUGACGAUGAUUAUAAUAAAAAAGAUAAACUAUUGGAUCAUAUUGAAGCUGACUUAAGUGAUGAUGAACAAGGUUUUGAUAUACGUUGCGAAGUUUGUGAAAAAGAUUUUUUAGAGUUAGAAAGGCUCGACGAUCAUUUGGUGACAGCUCAUCACUUUCGAAAGGAAGAAUUCACAUGUGAAUUGUGUUCGCAGCGUUUUUCUCAUCGUCCAUUAUUGUUGAAACAUCGUGCUUUAGUUCACAACGAAGUGCGCAAAUAUCCAUGUGAAAAUUGUACGAAGGUAUUUUGUGAUCCUUCAAAUUUACAGCGACACAUUCGUAGACGUCAUAUUGGUGCUAGAAGUCACGCGUGUCCCGAGUGCGGCAAAACGUUUGCUACAUCUUCAGGCCUUAAGCAGCACAAAAAUAUUCAUUAUUCGGUCAAAUUGUAUCAGUGCGAGUUCUGCUUAAAAGCAUAUACCCAAUUUUCAAAUUUGUGCCGGCAUAGACGCAUGCAUGCUGAUUGUCGUGUACAGAUCAAGUGUAAUAAUUGCGGCCAGGGCGGUUUUAAUUCAGUCGCUUCGCUAUCAAAACACAAACGGUAUUGCGGUUCUACAAACGUUCCCCCUUCGGGUGUGAGCUUACUGCCGACACUGUCUCAUCCCUUACAUCAUCAGUCUCAACCGCCAGCAACAACUCAAACUCGUACAGCAACCGGUAGCGGAGUACCGAACGUGCCUCACAAUAUGGCGACACCACCGAAUCCAUUCUUUUUGUUUCAUCCACCAUUUUUUCCGACAUUUCCACCAGCGGCUGCUUAUGGCUUGCAAGGCAUGUUCCCACAAACUCCUGCCACACAGCCGCCAAAUUUUCCUUUGAUGUUUUCAAAGUCUGCUAUCGAUCAACGUAUUCAGAGCGUACGUUCGGAACAGCAGGUGGGAGCCAAUCACCUCAAUAAUCCCACGUCACCUCCGCCGAAUAAUCAAUUGCCUUUCACCAUGCACGAGGCUUUUGGCAUUCCAACAUUAAUUAAAAAAGUAGAGAGCCCCAAACCAAACCAGACCGACGCAAAAGUGCAACUAAUGGAUAUUUCACCCCAACCGAGUAAAGUGAAAAAGAAUCCUAAUUCUGCUUAUUUAUCGGAUGAGGAUGAAAGUAAUUCCGUAAUCGAACUAAAAAUGGAGCCCAAAGAUGAAGAAACGAUCAAAAGCAGCGAUAAUGAAGUAGAUGAAGACGAAAGCUCUUCCAAAACGAACGAUGAAGACAAGAAACCUAUUGAUAUCGUGUCACUCUCACCAUCCCAUCCCGGCUUAGAGGCUAAGAGCACAUUUAACGAAUUACCUUUGGAUUUGAGCGUAACUCGCAAAUGUAUUUCACCUCAGUCCACGAAAGCAGAUGAAAAUAGUGUAUCCAGUCAUAGCACCGGCAGUCCAUUAAUACAAAAUGCUAACGAUUUACAAACAGAUGAAAAUUAUGAACCGAAUGAAAAGAAACAAAAAUAUAACUCAGAGUCAUGCAAUGGCAGUCCACAGCACACAGUAUCACCUGGACCAACGCCUUCACCUUCGCCACCAAAUAACAAUAACAAUAAUAACAACAACAGUGAUACGACCAGCAUAGGCGGUAGUAAUAGCGGACCACCCGCUGGGAUGCCUAGUUGUCUACGUCCGUUACAUCCCGUCCUACUCGAAGAAUUUUAUCAAACACGUGCAUUAGAAAGUGUGUUUUCUCGCCCUUUCCCUUUUUUACGUUUAAUGGGCGAACGGCCGGUCGCUGACAAUAACGGACUACGUUGCAGGCCAUACCAGUCGCUUUCGCCCGAACUAAAUUUUCGUGAAGCCUUACGUGGUCUAUCUAGAAGCGUCUCAGCCGCUGGUCAAGUAAACAAAUUGAAAGAUCGAUAUACUUGUAUAUAUUGUGGUAAACUUUUUCCUCGCUCUGCGAAUCUCACACGUCAUUUAAGAACCCACACCGGUGAACAGCCAUACACUUGUAAAUAUUGUGAUCGUGCCUUCAGCAUCUCUUCCAAUUUGCAAAGACAUGUACGCAACAUUCACAACAAAGAGAGGCCAUUCCGGUGCCAUUUAUGCGAUCGCUGUUUUGGUCAACAAACCAAUUUAGAUCGUCAUCUAAAGAAACAUGAAGCGGAUACCACAGGCUUAGGUUUAGCAAUUAGUGAUUCGCCUUCGUCAAAUGAGGCCGAUCGCGAGGAUUCUUAUUUGGAUGAAAUACGAACUUUCAUGGAUGGCGUAACCUACGAUGAAGAUUUGUACACACCCGUUAGUAUGGGGGCGAACGAUAAUGAAAUCGACGACAAUGGUAGCGAUAAUGAAAAUGGACUUUCAGUUUCUCGACCAGCAACAGCGGAUAUUGUUAUUGUCAACGGCAAUGACGAUAAUAAAGAUAUAUCACGCGAUAAUCAUAAUUCCAUAAAGGAAAAGCCGUAGAAGGUUACUUAAUUACUUAAAAACUUGAAAGCGAAAUGAAUGUCAUUAGAAGUCAAGUUUCUUAAUCAGAUUUAAAGCAUUUACAAGCACACACUUUUCUUUCCUAGAUACUAGAUAAUUCAUAAAACUAGUUAAUGAGUUGCUGCUCCCGCAACAGCUUUACACAACA